AUGUUGAUCCUUCUCAUCUUUUUAUUCACUCAAACUACUUCACUUUAUUCACAACAACUCGAAGGGAAUGAUCAUAAUUUUUACAUUUCAGAAUGUUAUGGAGAAUGUGUUUCUCUUUCUCGUUUCACUAAUCACUCAUCAUCUACAACAACAACAAAUACUUCUUCUUUACAAGAAAAAUCUUUAAUAUUUUUCAAUGAAAGCACAACUUUUUGUGCAGAGACAUUAUUGGAAUACAUGUCCAUGAAUGCUUCUAUUCGUAUUUGCAUUUCAUCCAACAUUACUGCGGUCAGUGGACCACAACAAGUUGAAUUCAACAAUUUUGGAAAUUUAAACACUUUUCAAUACAAUAAUUUCACACUCGAAGAAAAGUUCUUCAUUCACGAUCAACAAGCACGUCUUUCAUUUUACAACACUCAAUAUCAACAAGGUUUAUUUCAACGAGACCAAUGUUACAAUGCUGCUCGAAGAUAUAUUUGUCAACAUUAUUUUCCUCUUUGUGAUGCCACAAGUGAUGAAAGUAACAAAAUUUAUAAUCUUUGCAUGUCCUCUUGUGAAAAUUAUUACAAGAGUUGCAAUUCGAAAGAACUCAUCGAAUUUAGAUGUUUGGCCAGUAAUAAUGAAAUUAAUCGACCCUAUCGUGGCGUGUGGAAGAAUUUUGGAGAUGAUUUGAAAUGGUUGUGUACUGGAGGAGGAGGAGGUACCAGACAUCUAAAUGAUUCAUUCCUAGUAUGGAUUGGAAUCAUGUCUCUCACUGUGUUCUUGUUCCUUAUCAGUGGAGUGUAG